UAGACGGGUCCUUAAGAGCGGUUAGCGGGUAUUGUAGUCCGGUAGCGCUGCUGAAGUGGCUGAUCGUUUGACUGGGAGGCAGUGUCAGCAAAGACAUAUCACACGCACAGGACAUCAUGGCUUCUAUGUUGCUGAACUCAAUGCGGAGCUGCUCAGUCAGCCCGUCCUGGGCGGUACGGAUUGGGGCACGCUCUCUCAGCACGACGGCCCAGCUUCAGGCUCAGGUUCAGACAAAGAGCAAGAAGACACUGGCUCGGCCUGGUGUGAAGAACGUGGUGCUGGUGGAGGGCGUUCGAACCCCUUUCCUGUUGUCUGGAACCACAUAUGCUGACCUGAUGCCCCAUGACCUGGCCAGAGCAGCUCUGCAAGGUCUGCUGCACAGGACAGGCUUACCCAAAGAUGCUGUAGACUACAUCAUCUAUGGAACAGUCAUACAGGAGGUUAAAACCAGCAAUGUAGCAAGAGAGGCAGCACUGGGUGCAGGCUUCUCUGACAAGAUCCCAGCUCACACCGUCACCAUGGCUUGCAUCUCUUCAAACCAGGCAAUGACAUCAGCUGUUGGUAUGAUUGCUGCAGGCCAGUGUGACGCUGUUGUUGCAGGCGGGGUGGAGUUCAUGUCAGAUGUUCCCAUCCGUCACAGCCGUAAGAUGAGGAAGACCAUGCUGUCCCUCAACAAAGCAAAGACCCUUGGUCAGAAGCUCGGUCUGCUCGGCAGCAUCCGGCUGGCACACCUCUCACCAGAGCUUCCCGCUGUGGCUGAGUUCUCCACAGCUGAAACCAUGGGCCACAGCGCCGAUCGUCUGGCUGCUGCAUUUGGGGUCUCCAGACUGGAGCAGGACGAGUUCGCUCUGCGAUCACACUCUCUCGCCAAAAAGGCCCAGGAUGAUGGUUUUCUGCAGGAUGUCAUCUCCUUUAAAGUACCAGGCCGUGAUAUUGUUUCCAAGGACAAUGGCAUCCGUCCAUCCUCCAUGCAGCAAAUGGCCAAACUAAAGCCUGCCUUCGUUAAACCUCACGGCACAGUCACUGCUGCCAACUCCUCCUUCCUGACUGACGGUGCCUCUGCUGUGCUUAUUAUGUCUGAAGAGAAAGCUUUGGCUAUGGGUUACAAGCCUAAAGCCUACCUCAGAGACUUUGUCUACGUGUCCCAGGACCCCAAAGAUCAGCUGCUUUUGGGGCCAACGUACGGUACACCCAAAGCCCUGGAACGGGCCGGCUUGUCUAUGAGUGACAUCGAUGUCUUUGAGUUCCACGAGGCGUUUGCAGGCCAGAUAAUGGCAAAUCUGAAGGCUAUGGACUCAGAUUGGUUUGCCCAGACGUACAUGGGAAGGAAAUCAAAGGUGGGGACUCCUUCCAUGGAGAAGUUCAACCUGUGGGGAGGCUCUCUGUCUUUGGGUCAUCCGUUUGGCGCCACCGGCUGCAGGCUGGUAACCACAGUGGCACACCGGCUGCAGAAGGAGGGAGGACAGUACGGACUGGUGGCGGCUUGUGCUGCUGGAGGACAGGGUCACGCCAUGGUGAUCGAGGCCUACCCCCAGUAAAGCUCUUAAAGCGCCAUAUGUAACCUGGUCUUCAGGGGUCAUCAUGAUGUUCUACACACACAUACACUAACAUCCAGAUAAUGCAGUGUACAUACUAGCACCAGUUUGCCUUGAUCAGAGAGGAGUCUGAUACAGUAUGUGAAUGUGUCUGAGGAAACUGUAAAUUAAACGUUGCUUAGAGGCUGUUAAAUUAUAGCAGAAUGAUGCCGAGGAAUUUUUGCCUUUGAUUUUGUGGACUUUGAGGCGCAUCAUUACAGCAUUGUCACUGAGUCGAAUGUAACAUAGCAAAGUUUGAGCACUCAGAGGAGCUACAGUGCUAAUGUUUAUAUACGUUGUGAUAUUUUUUUUUUUCUUACAAACUGCAGAAAUUAAAUGAUGUGACGAUAACCACACUGACGCUCA